UGUUUAGUUCGAUUAAGCUUCGAGAGAGAGUUAUAGUCUGAAAUAUUGGACGGUGUUGUGGUCUGCUUCUCUCUCUCUCUCUCUCUCUCUGCUCUUCAAGGUUCGAGAUCCUGCCGUCGCCGGCGACCGCCAUGUCCUUCAAAUUCUCGCUCCUCUUCCUCCUCUUUCUCUUCCUCUCUGCCGUCUUCGCUUCCGAGUCAGAUCACAAGUAUAACCAAGAUGACCCAGUUACCCUUUGGGUGAACAAAGUUGGUCCUUAUAAUAAUCCACAAGAAACAUACAACUAUUACAGCCUCCCAUUUUGCCGACCACCUGGUCAACCUGCCCAUAAAUGGGGUGGUCUUGGUGAGGUCCUUGGUGGCAAUGAACUUAUUGAUAGCCAAAUUGAGAUAAAGUUCCGAAGAAAUUUGGAGAAAACCACCUUUUGUCGUCUGGAUCUCGAUGAGGGGAAAGUUAAACAGUUUAAGGAUGCAAUAGAGAACAGUUACUGGUUUGAAUUCUUCAUGGAUGACCUACCAUUAUGGGGAUAUGUUGGUGAGCUACAUCCUGAUAAGAACAGUGAUAAUGGCAAGCAUGUCCUGUACACACACAAGAACAUCAUUGUUAAAUUCAACAAUGAUCAGAUCAUUCAUGUGAAUCUCACUCAGGACAACCCAAAACAUUUGGAAGUAGGAAAACCUUUGGACAUGACAUAUGCUGUCACAUGGAUUCCUACGAAUGUCACUUUUGCACGCCGAUUUGAUGUCUACUUGGACUAUCCAUUCUUUGAGCAUCAGAUCCAUUGGUUCUCCAUUUUUAACUCUUUUAUGAUGGUCAUCUUUCUUACUGGAUUGGUCUCAAUGAUAUUAAUGCGAACUUUGAGAAAUGACUAUGCAAAAUAUGCACGGGAAGAUGAUGAUUUGGAAACUCUGGAAAGAGAUGUUAGUGAAGAAUCUGGCUGGAAACUUGUGCAUGGUGAUGUUUUUCGGCCUCCUCGCAAUUUGGUGAUUCUGUCAGCUGUUGUUGGUACAGGUGCUCAGUUAGCAUUACUGGUUCUUCUUGUCAUCUUGUUGGCUAUUGUUGGAAUGUUGUAUGUCGGGCGAGGAGCAAUUGUCACAACCUUUAUUGUGUGUUAUGCUCUCACAUCAUUCAUCUCUGGUUAUGUGAGCGGGGGGAUGUACUCACGCAAUGGGGGUAAAAAUUGGAUUAAAUCCAUGAUCCUUACUGCAUCACUGUUCCCGUUUAUGUGCUUUGGAAUCGGAUUUAUCUUAAACACAAUUGCUAUUUUCUAUGGAUCUCUAGCAGCAAUCCCCUUUGGAACAAUUGUGGUUGUCUUUGUUAUUUGGGCUUUCAUCUCUUUCCCUCUGGCACUUCUUGGCACAGUUGUUGGAAGAAACUGGAGCGGUGCUCCAAAUAAUCCCUGUCGUGUAAAGACCAUUCCUCGCCCGAUUCCUGAGAAAAAGUGGUACCUUACACCGUCUGUAGUUUCUAUCAUGGGAGGACUGCUUCCCUUUGGCAGCAUAUUCAUUGAGAUGUAUUUUGUAUUUACUUCCUUCUGGAAUUACAAGGUGUACUAUGUCUAUGGCUUCAUGCUACUAGUUUUUCUGAUUCUCCUCAUUGUGACUGUAUGUGUGACAAUUGUCGGGACAUACUUUCUGUUAAAUGCCGAGAACUACCACUGGCAAUGGACUUCUUUCUUUUCAGCUGCCUCAACAGCUGUUUAUGUGUAUUUGUACUCAGUAUACUACUACUAUGUGAAGACAAAGAUGUCAGGGUUCUUCCAAACGAGCUUCUAUUUUGGAUACACUUUGAUGUUUUGUCUUGGACUAGGAAUUCUCUGUGGCGCUGUGGGUUAUCUUGGUUCAAAUUUGUUUGUGAGGAGGAUCUAUAGAAACAUCAAGUGUGACUAAGGAUUUUCUGAAAGUUCAGACCAGAGCAGUUUCCACAUAUUUGCAGGAGACAAUAAAUUCGCAGCCGAAACCUCUGGUUGUAUGUAUGGACCAAACAACGUUUACAGGUAGUAUCACAAUCACAGGGAUUUUGUGAAUGAGGAUGUAUUCUUUCUCUAUAUUAGGGAAGGCCCGAAAAUUUUUUCCCCAUGUCAGUAAUUGGAAGCCUUGAUUUUAGAAUGUAGAGAUUUGUUUUUAUAAUUUAGAUAGCUAGCAAAAUAUGAGACUCUUGUGGUUACUUUUCCAUCCCUUUAUAAAUAGGUGCCCGAUUGGUAUACUGAUGUCUAAAUUCCCCACGCGGUUUAGCUAUGGAAACAAUGUAUGUAGAGGGGGUUAAGUCAUUGGAAAUGAAUUUUGUGCUCCUGAAUUUUGUACCAAAGAUAUGAUUAUCCUUCCUAUCUGCUUCUGCCA